AUGGUGAAAGAAGACCGUUCAACAUGGAAAGCCAAAUAUACAAUGCGUUUAGCGCAAUAUUUGGAUGAAUAUCCGAAAGUAUUUGUUGUUGGUGCUGAUAAUGUUGGCUCUCGUCAAAUGCAGAAAAUCCGUGUCUCUCUUCGCGGUCACGCUGUGAUUAUGAUGGGAAAGAAUACCAUGAUGCGCAAGACCAUUCGUGGACAAAUAUCGAAGAACAGCAAUUUAGAAAAAAUAUUACCACAUGUUUACGAAAAUGUUGGUUUCGUCUUUACCAAAGAAGAUCUAGGCUUAAUUCGCGAUAAACUUUUGGAAAAUAAGGUUGCUGCUCCAGCCCGCGCUGGUGCUAUUGCACCUGUUGAUGUCACUAUCCCGGCUCAAGUAACAAACUUAGGUCCAGAAAAAACCAGUUUUUUUCAAGCUCUUCAAAUUCCAACUAAAAUCACACGUGGUACUAUUGAAAUCAUUAAUGAUGUUCACUUAAUCAAAAUUGGUGAGAAAGUUGGUCCAAGUGAAGCAACAUUACUUAACAUGUUGAACAUUUCACCAUUUAGUUAUGGUUUGAUUAUUCGUCAAGUCUAUGACUCGGGCUCAUGCUUCGAACCGACAAUUCUCGAUAUCAAGCCAGCUGACUUACGUGCCAAAUUCUCGCAAGGUAUUCAACGUCUAGCAGCUUUUUCAUUGGGCAUCAAUUAUCCAAAUCAAGCAUCAGCACCACAUCUCGUACUUGGUGGAUUCAAACGUUUAUUAGCAUUAGCUGCUAAUAGUGAUGUCGAAUUCGACCAAGCAAAAACCUUAAAAGAAUACUUAAAAGAUCCAUCGAAAUUCGCUGCUGUCGCAGCACCAGCCAGUGCACCUGCUGCAGGAACUGCCGGCGGUAGCAAACCAGCCGCCGCUGCUCCUGCAGCCAAACCAGCCGAACCAGAAUCGGAUGAUGAAGAUAUGGGUGGUCUCGAUAUAUUUGGUUAA